AUGAGACUCCCGGCACUCAUAUCCGCCUUUCUGGCUGGCGCCGCGACGAUCGCUCUGGCCAGCGAGGAAUCAACCCGCACAGCAGCAAUCUACAUCCAGCCCUUAGCCAACCCGUCCACACCUCCUGCUCUCCUCGCCGAGAUUGCCAUCCCCGACAUCGACUCCCCAUCAUCAUCGGCAACACCCAAUUCGCAAGAAGGAGACGACGACACCCCCGCAGCAGUCGAAGUGCUCUCCUACUCCGCGCCGGAGCUACCCGACGACGACGACGAAGGCAACAACAACAACCUCGUGCGCAUCGGCAUCUACUCCCCCUCCGCCGGCGCCUGGGUGUCCUCCACCUCGGUCGCAUCGACGGCCAACUUCGCCAAGGGCUACGCGCCGCACUUUGCGGUGACGGUCGACGGCGACGGCGCCUACGUGGGCGUGGUCUGCCGCGGCGUGGCCAUCGACGCCGGCGUCACGCGCGACUUUGGCCCCCAGGUCGUCGUGCUGCGCACCGCGCCCGGCGCCCAGCCCGCGCUGGGCAAGCCGGUGGUGUUGAGCCCCGAGGGGAGGAAGGUGCCGGAGGGGGGGGAGAAGAGCUUUUUGCAGAAGUACUGGUGGGUGUUGGCUAUUGGCGUGCUGGUUGCUACUGGUUACGGGCCGCUAAGUUUGGGCCCACAAUUCUCAAGCUUGAACAGCAGGGCAACUAACUCCACCGACCCCAUGGGCGCCACCAACCCCGAGAACGGCGGUGCGACCGCGACCGAUCUCAAGGGCAAGGGCCGCGCUCCGGCUGCCCAGGAGCCCGUCGAGGAUACUUCCAUGGCCGAGGAUGACGACGACGAUGAUGACGAGGAGGACCCCGAGGAGGAACCCGAGGCUGCUGACGACGACAACAUGGAGGAGAUCGACCUCGACAACGUCAUUGGCCGCCGCACGCGCGGCAAGGUUAUCGACUUCGCUAAUGCCGCUCAGGAGAACCCGGCUGAUGACGACGAUGAGGAGGACGACGAUGACUUUGUCGAGGAUGACAACAAGAUGGAUGACAGCAAGAUGGACGAGGACUAG